CAAUGAAUGGGGCGGGGAGCCGGAAGCAGGAAGUGAGUUUGCGAACGGAGCAGCUGCAGCAGGGCUCAUGGCAGAUACCCAGUACAUCCUGCCCAAUGAUAUCGGUGUGUCUAGCCUGGACUGCCGUGAGGCAUUCCGCCUGCUGUCACCCACAGAGCGCCUCUAUGCCCAUCACCUGUCUAGAGCCGCUUGGUAUGGAGGCCUGGCUGUGCUGCUCCAGACAUCCCCUGAAGCACCCUACAUCUAUGCUCUGCUUAGCCGCCUCUUCCGUGCCCAGGACCCUGACCAGCUACGACAGCACGCCCUGGCUGAGGGUCUUACUGAAGAAGAGUAUCAGGCAUUCCUGGUCUAUGCUGCUGGGGUCUACUCCAACAUGGGCAACUAUAAGUCCUUUGGUGACACCAAGUUUGUUCCUAACCUGCCCAAGGAAAAGCUGGAACGUGUGAUCCUGGGAAGUAAGGCUGCACAACAGCAGCCAGAAGAAGUCAGGAGCCUUUGGCAGACCUGUGGGGAGCUUAUGUUCUCCCUGGAACCAAGGCUUCGACAUCUUGGUCUGGGGAAGGAGGGAGUCACCACCUAUUUCUCUGGGGAUUGUACCAUGGAAGAUGCUAAGUUGGCCCAAGACUUUCUGGACUCUCAGAACCUCAGCGCAUACAACACACGGCUCUUCAAGGUGGUUGGCCAGGAAGGGAAGUCCCACUAUGAGGUGCGACUGGCUUCAGUACUCAACACAGACCCUGCUCUCGACUCUGAAUUGACUUCCAAGCUGAAGAGCUAUGAGUUCCAGGGAAACCAUUUCCAGGUCACCCGGGGAGACUAUGGCCCCAUCCUCCAGAAGGUGGUAGAACACUUGGAGAAAGCUAAGGCUUAUGCAGCCAACAGCCACCAGGAGCAAAUGCUGGCCCAGUACGUGGAGAGCUUCACCCAGGGUUCCAUUGAGGCCCAUAAGAGGGGCUCCCGCUUCUGGAUUCAGGACAAAGGCCCCAUUGUGGAGAGUUACAUUGGCUUCAUUGAGAGCUACCGUGACCCCUUUGGCUCCCGAGGAGAGUUUGAAGGCUUCGUGGCCAUGGUCAACAAGGCCAUGAGUGCGAAGUUCGAGCGGCUGGUCGCCAGUGCUGAGCAGCUGCUGAGGGAGCUGCCCUGGCCGCCUGCCUUUGAGAAGGACAAGUUCCUCACCCCUGACUUCACUUCCCUGGAUGUCCUCACCUUUGCUGGCUCUGGCAUCCCAGCGGGCAUCAACAUCCCCAACUAUGAUGACCUGAGACAGACAGAAGGCUUUAAGAAUGUGUCUCUGGGAAAUGUGCUGGCUGUGGCCUACGCCACAAAGCGGGAGAAACUCACGUUCUUGGAGGAAGAAGACAAGGACCUGUAUAUCCGCUGGAAGGGGCCAUCCUUUGAUGUGCAGGUGGGGUUACACGAGCUGUUGGGCCACGGCAGCGGCAAGCUCUUUGUCCAGGAUGAGAAAGGUGCUUUCAACUUUGACCAGGAGACUGUGAUUAACCCAGAGACUGGGGAGCAGAUCCAGAGCUGGUACCGGAGUGGAGAGACAUGGGAUAGCAAAUUCAGCACCAUUGCCUCCAGCUACGAAGAGUGCCGGGCGGAGAGUGUGGGCCUCUACCUCUGUCUCAACCCCCAAGUGCUGGAGAUCUUUGGCUUUGAGGGAGCUGAUGCAGAAGAUGUAAUCUAUGUGAACUGGCUCAACAUGGUUCGGGCUGGGCUGCUGGCUUUGGAGUUCUACACCCCAGAGGUGGCCAACUGGCGACAGGCCCACAUGCAGGCCCGGUUCGUGAUCCUGAGGGUUUUGCUGGAAGCUGGCGAAGGACUGGUUACUGUCACUCCCACCACAGGCUCUGAUGGGCGCCCAGAUGCCCGUGUCCACCUGGACCGCAGCAAGAUCCGGUCGGUGGGCAAACCUGCCUUGGAGCGGUUCCUGCGGAGACUCCAGGUACUGAAGUCCACAGGGGAUGUGGUUGCAGGGCGGGCCCUGUACGAGGGCUAUGCAACUGUCACUGACACCCCCCCAGAGUGCUUCCUCACCCUACGGGACACAGUACUGCUGCGCAAGGAAUCCCGGAAGCUUAUUGUUCAGCCCAACACUCGCCUCGAAGGUUCAGAAGUCCAACUUGUAGAGUAUGAGGCCUCAGCUGCUGGUCUCAUCCGGUCCUUCUGUGAGCGUUUUCCCGAGGAUGGGCCUGAGUUGGAGGAGGUUCUUACCCAGCUGGCCACAGCAGAUGCCAGAUUCUGGAGGGACCAGGUCCAGGAGGCCCCAUCUGGCCAGGCUUGAGAAGAUUUGUGUGGUCUCUCCCCUCUUUGUCAAACCAGGGCUAUCAGUGGCCCUGAAUUGUGUGUGAUUAGGAGUCAGGGGAGGGGUAGGAGCUCGGACUUUGGUGCUACCUCAGCUGAGGGUGGUGAUGCUAAGCCCUUCCAUUUGUCAGCACUUUCCAGUUUACCGUAUGUCCUCAGUUCCUGAAUCUGCACUGCCAUCUAUGGCGGGAGCUCAACAGGGUGCCUACUCUGGUUUUCCAAAUGGGAAGGUGGCAGUUCCGAGAACUGACUGUUCUAGAUCCGGCAGGUGGCAUGUGACAGAGCCAGGGCUCAAAGCAUUCUCACCAAAUCCAGCGCUCUGCGUGUAUUACUUUUAUAGCCAGAAAAAUAAAUAUGACAACCACCAUC